GGUAGCGUCUGCAAUGUGAGCAACAGUCUCUUGUUGACCGCAUCCAAUCAAUUAAUGACAGAUUGUGGUUAUUUGGCUUGGUGUGAUCCUACAACCAGCAAAUGCGCAGCUCGUGGCUGUAGACGAGAAGAUUAUCCUUUCGGAUUCAGUACAGUGGAAAGAUCACUAUGGCCACCGAAAUGCGAUGAAGAACAAUUCUGUCCUGAUGAAGGAAGCCUGUGCAUGUAUAAAAUCGCACUAGGAGGAGCAUGUCAACUCAACCGAGACGAUGAAUGUGCAACGUCUGCUUCUGUACCAAACGUACGUUGCUUACACAACAUUUGCACUUCCGUCAACGCUACCCUAAAUGCAGCUUGCAUACACGACAAUGUGGUCUAUACAGUUUUCACGCCAGACAACUCUUCCUAUGGAAGUAUUAUCAGUCGAGACAAUUGUAUGAAGGGAUUAUAUUGCAAUUCCCCAACAAACAUUUGUCUUCAAAGAAAGUCUACAGGAACAGCAUGCGCGGCAGACAAGGAAUGCAUGACAGAUUUCUGU